AUGCCCCCUCGUAAAUGGUUAGGAAGGGGAAUGAUUGCCAAACAUGACAGCAAAACCCUGCCCGAAGCCUGGGCGAAGCUUGGGGUGCAUGAGGAAGAAAGCAAGAGGGCUGUUAUCGGAUUACUCCGAAAAAUCUACAUUGCUGUCCAGCCCAGACCAGUCAAGUUCCAGAGCUCUACUGUACGAGAUAAACUAAAGCAAGCCAUUACCGAGUGCAUGGAUCAAAUGCCAGAUGAGAUCCAAUUUGCAGCCAGGCGUAAUAAAGUGCGUACUCUACACAAUCUAUACAGGAUCAUUCAGCUUGGACGUUUUGGUUGGAAUCCAAGCAGUCCUCCCCGGGCGCCUCGGGGACGUCGACCGCGGCCUUCACGUCAGCCCGUGCCCCCAAGACGUGCUCUGCCUCCACGCAAGCCCAGGCCAAGUGUUAUACCUACGGUCCCUCCUAUUCCUCGCCGCGAUCGCCACCCUUCAUCCGAAUUCAUUGAGUCACCUGAGGCUUCAAGUGAAUGGGGCAAAAGGAACUAUGAGCCCUCAGAGCAGUCGCGGGAUGAAGAAUCAGAGGAGGGAUUCUCAAGCGAGCUGAGUGACGGAUCUGAAAGCGAGGCUCAAGAGUCGGAGAUUACGACUUCUCAUGAACGAACGCCAUAUCCUCCACCUUCUUCUGCUUCUAAGGAAGAUUCACCUGUUGUGGACGAGGACGAAGACGACUAUCAGCCUGACUACGACUCUGAAGCUGGAUUUGACGCUUCGGGACCAGUGGUGCCGCCCCGCUCAGACGGGGGGUCAGAGCAAGAGCCAGAGCCGGACUUUGAAUCCGAAUCCGACAAGCAAUCCCAGCGUUCGAUUAUAUACGACGAAGCACCCCGAGAUUAUGAUCAAACAUCUGAUGACCCCGAUGGUGAGGAAGAAGAUAAAGAGCCGGAAGAGCGCGAAUCUGAUGAUGCAUCUGAAGAUGAAGAUGCCAGGAAUGAGGCUGACGGACGGGAGUCUCAUGGUGCCUCGACAGAAGUAGAUGAACCAGAACAGGAGUCAGAUCAAGACCAGAGAUCUGAUGAUGGGACCGAAGACUCGGUGGAUGUAGAUGACAAGCCACCCUCUCGCACUGGCUCGGAAAUACCAGAGGCGGAAUCUGAGCAUUCGGACAAGGAGUCAGAAGAGGGAUCUGACAACGAAUCUGAACAACCAUCAUCUCGCGAUAUCUCGCCAGAUCAAUCAAAGGCCGAAUCAGAAGAAGAGCCAGGCCAAGAGCCAGACCAAGGAUCCGACGACGAAUCUGAAGACUCUUUGGAUAUAGAUCAACAGCCAUCUCGCGAUGCCUCGCCAGCUAUGUCCGGCGAGGAGUCCGAGGAAGAGCGGGAUGGGGAGGCAGAACCGCAAUCCGAGGAUGAUUUAGAUGUCCCGGUGGAUGACGAUGAGAUAGAUGAAUCACCUGAAAGCGAACAAGAAGACGGGUCAGAAAGAGGAUCAAAUGGUGGUAGUGCUGUUGAGGAGUCUGAAGAUGAUACCGGGGACCAUAUUCCUGAUGAGGAAUCUGAAGCUAGCUCUGAAGCUGGAUCCGCAGAUGGGUCUGAGACUGCAUCCGAAGAUGAUCCUGCAGCCAGGUCUGAGGCUGAAGACGGGUCUUCAGAAGUGCCUGAUAAUGGAUCUGAGACUGGAUCUGAAGAGAAUAGAUCUAGUGAAGAAUCUGACAACAAUCGUGGAUAUGAUUUUCCUGGAGCUAGGGAGUCUGAAGCUAGGUCUGAAGCCGCAUCUGAAGAUGGGUCUGAGAUUGGAUCCGAAGAUGAGCCUGCCGCCGACUCCGAGGAUGGAUCCGAGAAUGGAUCUGAAGGUGAUAAAUCUAGAUCUAGCGAAGAGCCUGUAGCCGAGUCUGAGGCUGAAGACGGGUCUUCAAAUGUGCCCGAUGAUGGAUCUGAGGCUGGGUCGGAAGACAAUAGAUCUAGUGAACCCGACGAUUUUCCAGGAGACUACGAUGGCCAUGCUUCCGAAGAGGAAUCUGAAGCUGAGUCCGAGGUCGAGUCUGAGGCUGUAUCCGAUAACGGAUCAGAACACGAUAGAUCUAGUGAAGAGCCUGGUGAUCAGUCAGGAGAUGAGUCGGGAUCGCAUCCUGAAAAUGACCCCGAUAUUGAAUCCGACAUUGGAUCUCGACGCGCAUCCAUAGACAGCGAAGAAGACGAAUAUGACGAAGAACCUGAAGAUCAUGGUAGGAAGAGAUCCCACAGCGAGCUAGAAGAGACAACUCAGGAUGAGGGUGAAGAGACUUAUAAGAGGACCAGAUAUACAUCGUCUUCAAAGAGAACUAAGACCAAUCCCAAAAGUAUCCGCGAAGAAGAGAUGGAGGAUGCAUCUGAAUAUGAAGAUGAUAAUGAGUCUGAAAAUAUCUACGAUGAAGAGAUGAAGGAUGUCUCAUCUGCAGGAAAUUAUAAGGGACGUCCCGCAAGUAUUAGCGACGACGAGAUGAGGAAUGCUUCAUCUGCAGAGAAAGCCAAGACCUGCCCAGAAUUUAUGAACGACCAAGAGAUGAAGGAUGUCUCAUCUACAGAGAAAUUCAAGACAUAUCGCGCAAGUGUCAACGAUGAGAUGAUGAAGGACGUAUCUGCGGAGAGAGUUAAGACCAGCCCAAAGACUAUCAACGACCAAGAAAUGAAGGAUGUGUUUGCGGAAGAAGCCGACAAUGAUUCUCAAAAGGAUCUGAUGAGCAAGAUGAUGGAAGACGAGCCAAUCGGGGAGUCUGGAGAUGAAGCCGACAGUGACUCCGAGCGAGGCUCCGAUGAGGAGCAAGAAGAUUCGCCCGAUAAGGCAGAAGAAUUUGACUUCAACAAAUCUUCGGUGGUCCCUAAUGCAAAUGUCGAUAUCAUCCGAGCUGAUGACAAAUACCGACCACUGUCGAUCAGGCUCAAUGAUCUCUUGAAAGACCGGACCGACCCUCGAUGUCAAAGUGUGAAUGGAGAUUGGAUUGAUAUAUCUCGACUACAUAUCAAGGCGUUCCAAAAACACCUCAUGAACGAAGGCCUCUUUAGACUGGGUGCAGACCACAUUUGGUGGAGUCCUUCAGCUCUAAAGGAUAUUGACCUUGCUGAAAUCCACACUCCACAAGGCGACGAAAGUAGACUCACUGAGUUGAGCAUGAUCACUGUCAUUAAGAGGUCGAUUGAUGCGUACUACAGUUCCGGGCUCGGAAUCACCAUCGCUGACGAAGGCCGACUCGGAAUAUCGCGGCCUAGCUUCACUGUUAUCAUUCGAAAUGCCAAUACUGAAGGUGGUAUAUUAGAUCGUUCGCGAGAGCCAAAUGUAUCACGGCCCAAUUCAGUCAAGUCAUCUCGCUAUGCUUCUUCGCCAGCUCGCAGUCGGUCUGGCAGCAGUCGUAUUAGUGGCUCCAUUGCACCAUCCGCAGCCACAACCAAUGAACAUGAGCAUCAAGAGUCAGAUAUCGAUAACGUGACUCAAACUUCCAGCGAGAAGCGAAAGAGCCCAGAUUUAGAGGUUGACUCAUCUAAUUGGCCUGCUCGGCGAACAAGGCUUUCCCCAAACGCAGAACGUCCCAAUCCUCUGCAAAACCUUGAGGCAAUGGAGUUCCACGACGCAAACAAGGCUCAAGACGCACCAGAUCCUCAAACGUCACUUCUGAAAGGGACCUCUCCCAUUCAAAUUGCACAAAAGCUCCUCAGAGUGCUAGAGAAUCUGAGCUCGUUACAGUUUCACGAUGCCAUAAAGUUCGAGACAAAGAGCGUGCGGGGGCCCGAAACUACCAAGAAUGCAGGGUCCAUUGCUUCGCCUCAAAAACAAAAUCUCGGCAACUAUCGAGAAGAUGCUAGAGUACGCCCAUUUACUAUUGAAGGUAUUUCACUCCUCGUACCCCUAGCUCAAGAACCUCUUGGAUCGGAUUAA